UUAAAAGCAUCGUAAAGUCGGGCGUUUUGGGAUAUCGGAAAUCUGAAGCGAAAUUAAGGAAAGGGAAAGAAAUUUAAUUUUCUUUUCGGUUUUUAGAUUGAAAACAGGAGGAAACAAAAGAUAUUAAUGGAUCAAUAAUUCGUUUGAAUCUGGAGACAAAUUUCAACUUGAAAUCUUAAAAUUUAGUGUUUCUUUUUACUUUUUAGAUUUCUUUGUUUGUUUUCAUAUAUUUAUAUUUCAAAAAAUAAAAUGAAUGAUCAGUCUCAGAUGAUCAAUCAGCCGCCACAAAUGAUGAUGAAUCCGAUUCAGUCGCAGAUGAUGAAUCGGUCUCAUCAGUUGAUGGCGGCGGCGGCUGCUCACUCUCAGGCGAGGAGCCAACUGGGGGCGGUUCAGUCGCAGCCGAUGAGCUCUGGUCAUCAGAUGAUGAAUCAGCCUCCUACGACGUUGUUGAAUAGAAGCUACAUGCCUUGGCAAUCUCAGGAUCCAAACCCUAACCCUAAUAAGAAGUUCCCUUCUUUCGGUCGUAAUAACAAUUGGAAAGGUAAAAAGGUUGGUGGCGGUAAAGAUUCUAAAAAGUUCGAUAAUAGGCCUUUACCCAUAGGUUCUGUUUCCGCUGCUUCCGGUAGUAAUAGUCAAGGGUACAAACCUCCGACGCUUAACGAGCUCCAAUCUCAGAACCGGUUAAAAGCUACGAAAUUCUACGGCAACAAGAAGAAAUUCAAUAACAAGAGCAACAAUCGCUUUGCUCCUUACGCUCCGCGGAAUACAACAUCGUUUAUAAUCCGAGCAAAAAGGUCGGGAGGGGUAGCGUCCUUGGUGUCUCCAUGUCCAGUGACGCCUGCAGUGCUUCCUACCCCUAUAUUUUCACCCUCGAGGGAGGUUCUGGGUGACAUGGCCAAGGAAGAAUGGGGUGUGGAUGGUUAUGGGUCCAUGAAAGGGCUAAUUCGGCUGCGAACACUGGAAGCUGGUCACGAUGAUGAGGAAGAUGAGGAUGUGGGCGAUGGUGGCGGAUCGAGUGAGAGUGAUGUGGAAGAACAUGUGGAAGUUGAGAGGAGGUUGGAUCAUGAUUUGAGUAGGUUUGAGAUGAUAUAUCCAAGUUAUGGAGGUGAUUAUAACAAUGUAUUGGAGAAUAGAGUGGAUGAUCAAGAUACCCAUAUAGCUCAAUUGGAAGAAGAGAAUUUGACGUUAAAGGAGAAGCUGUUUCUGAUGGAGAGAGAAUUAAGGGAUUUGACUAGGAGGUUGCAGUUUCUAGAGAGGCGGAGUCAGGUAGCGGAAGAUGCUAAUGAAGAGGUUGUCGAGAAUGGGUCUGAUAAUGAGAGUGAGGACGCCGGUUCUGAUUUUAGGAUUCGUGCUGCUUCUGCUUAUCAUAAUAAUGUGGAAAUGGCUGUGUUUGCUGCUGGAAAUAGCAGAGAUGUUGGUACUGUUGUGGAGGAUGAUAAUAAUAAUAAUAGUGGACUGUCACGGAAUGAAGGUCCAGAUGACGUUUCUAUGGAUAGAAUUGCAGAAGAUAAUAUAAAGAAUGAAGGAAAAGGAGAUGAUGAAUUAAAGGGUCAAGUUUUGAGGGAAGGAACAGUUCAAGACAAGGAAAACGAAGCUGAGGGUAAUAAAGCAGUAUGCAGUGAGUUUGUGGAGAAGAUUGUUGCAGAAGGGGAAGAUCAGUUGAGGUUUUGAAGAAUCUAGGAAUGAGCCUGCUGACAAUAUACAGUGAAACAAAGAAUGAGUGAAGAGCAUUGGCGCUGAUACUAGUUUAACUGUCACUCAAUGAUAAAACAUGCAGAGUUUGGGGAUUCGGCGUUGUUUUGGUGUAUUUGUUGAUUGAAGUGUUGCCCAUUUAUAAAAGCAGAGUCCUUUGAAAUGCCAUUUUGUAUUAGGUCGUCAGAAAUACAAACUUUUGUUUUUCU